AUGACUCUCAUAGUUCACCAUCUCGGCGUUUCGCAAUCGGAUAGAGUUGUCUGGCUCUGCGAAGAGCUUGGCAUUGAUUACGAACUUAAGAAGUACGAUCGAUCACCUAUUUGGGCCCCGCCGGAGUACAAGGCCUUGCACCCCAUCGGAUCGGCUCCCGUGAUCGAAGACGGAAGCAUCAAACUGGCUGAAUCUGGCGCUUGUAUUGAGUACAUAUUGCAGACUCGGGGAAAUGGGAAACUCGUCGCUAAGCCGGGACAAAAAGACUUUGCCGAGUAUUUAUACUGGUUUCAUUUCGCGAAUGGUACCUUACAGCCUGCGCUAUUAUUGGCUUUAUCACUAUCCCGGACAGGGCUAGGGGAAGAUAAUGAGGUCAUAAAACGAAACGACUCUAGGCGGAAGCAGGUUCUUGGGUUUAUGGAUCAGCGUCUAUCUGAGGUACCCUGGCUCGCGGGCGAGGAGUUCACUGCGGCUGAUAUCAUGAACGUGACUAGCCUUACGACGAUGCGUUGCUUUAUAAAGUACGAUCUUAGUGACUAUCCAAAUAUCCUAGCCUACCUUAAGCGCGUAGCUGCACGAGAUGGGUAUAAGAAUGCAAUGCAGAAGGGAGAUCCGGAUCUCAAUAUCGACGAAUUGACUGCAGCGCCUCCCCCGCCCUUACAGAAGGCUGUUGCCGCAGUGUUUCAAGCGCAUGGGCACUGA